UAAUCAGUGCCCAUCUCUUGUGUUGAAAGCACGGCGUACAAACAUAGCGCAGCGCCCUGUGGGCAGUACUGUACAGUAUUCUCAUAUUAACAGCGAGAUCGGUCGCGCCACUGAUGUGGCAAGGGAUUUAUACGCUCUCUUCUGGAAGAGCAACAUUCCCAGGUGAUCUCGAUUAUGCCAUUCGAGCCUUCCAAGCAGUGCUUGAAAAAUGUCCCCAUGGUUCUCCAGAGCACGCCGCAGCCCUCUCCAACCUUGCCUAUGCCAUUCUAUGUGGCUGUACCAAGAACAUUCCAACCGACAUUGACCAUGCCAUUUCCCUCUUCCGCUCUGCGCUCGAAUUUUGUCCCCGAGAGCACCCCGAUCACCCAUUAUACAUCUUCAACCUCUGCCGUGCUCUCCAAAAGCGUUACAUCAUGGAUCAGAAGGACCAUGCCGUCCUCCAUGAGGCUGUGGAGCUUUACCACUCUCUACUGCCGCUUUGUGCGGAGGGCAGCUAUAUUUACCGAGUAGCCCUCGAGAAUACCGGCGUCCUAUACGUCAUCGAGCAGUGCAAUACUCUUCCUAGAGAUCCCUCAAACGAGAGCGUAUCGCUUCGGCGAACUGUUCUCGAACUUUGUCCACCACAGCAUCAACAACGGGCUUGCUCGCUGUACAUGCUUGCCGGAGACCUCUACGCGUGCUUUGAACAAACCGGCAAUGUCGAUCAUUUAUAUGAGGCUGUUCAUCUGUCACGUGAACUGGCUGUACCAUAUCCUGCUGACGAUCACCUUGACUUCCUCAUCACCUUAUCUAACGCUGCUCAAGCUCCGCUUCGAUCAUCACAGCAAUCCUAGUGACCUGUAUGAGAGCAUAUCGCUUGAGGUUAUCCACCGAGAGGCACUCGACCUCCGCUCUAGGAGCUCGUCUUCUUCGAGCCAACCCAGUGAUUACCGGCACAGUGGGGCGUUUUCUGAAGCUGCACACCGUGACCUAGGAUUAACCAGCAUUCCGGGA